AUGGCAGCACUAUCUCGCCUAGGCCGCAUUUCUAAGCGUCCUCUUUUUCGAUCUGCUUCACCUGUGCGGCAAUUCACUCAAUCAAAUUUCCAACCACUCGAUUCAAAUGAUAAAUUUGAAGAAGAAACACUUCCAUGGUACACGCCAGAUAGCUCUUAUGCUGUCAAAGUCGGCGAAGUUUUUCAAUCUCGGUAUCAAGUCAUUGGAAAACUAGGAUAUGGGGGAUACUCGACGGUGUGGCUUUGCAGGGAUCUCACCAUAAAUAAGUAUGUCACAUUGAAAGUGUUCAAACGUGAUUCAGCCGAGGGUAAAAGAGAAGUCAAAGUCUACGACCACCUUCACACGUCUAAUGCAUCCCAUGACGGUGCCAUGUUUGUUCGGACGGCGCUGAAUAGCUUCCAGAUCGACGCACAAGGACUCGACCCUUCUCGCGGAUUCUACCAAUGCAUUGUGCAUCAGCCUCUAGGCAUAAGUCUAUAUGACCUCCGUAUCCAAUUCGCAGCCAAAAUACUGCCGGAAAAAUUAGUGAAAUUGACUCUAUUACAUCUCCUACUUGCUCUUGAUUACCUCCACACAGAAUUUGGCGUUAUCCACACUGAGAUAUCUAAUCCCAGUCGCCGGAAGAUCGUUGGGAACAGGGUGAUCUAUUUAUCUCGCAAGCUCAAAAAAACAAAGCAACAUGGCCGACCUAUUCUAUGUGACUUCGGCCAUACUCGUUUUGGGUCAGCCCGUUACUCUGGUGAUAUUCAACCAUAUAUAUACCGGGCCCCUGAAGUGUUAUUACGUAUGCCUUGGGAUCAAAAGGUUGAUAUUUGGAAUAUCGGGGUCGUCACCUGGGAUCUUUUCCAACAAGGGCAUCUAUUUUACGGUAGAGAUUCACGGAAGCAAAACUCCGACGUUAAUCACAUCGCUGAGAUGAUUGCGGUUCUUGGACCACCACCAAGAGAUAUGCUACACAGAAUAGCGACUACGCUGCAGACUUCUUUGAUGCUGAAGGGAGCGGCUCCAAUUCCUCCAAGAGCUUUAGAGCAGCUUGAAGGAAAUUUGCAAGGUGAACAGCAACAACUAUUUCUUGCAUUCAUGCGCAAGAUGCUUCGAUGGCGACCGGAGGAAAGAAGUUCCGCAAGAGACUUAUUGUCAGAUUAG